AGAACCCCAUGAACAGUAUGAAAAGUCCCCACCAGCCAGGGACCCCCAAAACCUUUAGAUGCCCUGUGGCCCACAAGGAGGACGGAGUCCCCAGGAAAAGCAUGCAGGUGUGCGGUUUGAUCCCCAGUGGGGAAUAUUCUCUGGAGGGAGGCUGGCAACCCACGCCAGUAUUCCUGCCUGGAGCAUCCCACGGACAGAGGACCCUGGAGGGCAGCAGUCCACGGGGCCGCACAGAGUCAGCCAGGACUGAAGGGACUUGGGCACACACGCGGGGAAUGGGAAGGCCGGGUUGUAACGGGGAGGAGAAAGGCAGCCCACCGGGAAAUAACCCAACGACCUUCGGCCCGGCACUGACUUGGCUCCGCCUCUAUGUCUGGCUCCGCCUCUAUGUCCGGCCCCGCUGGGGCCGUCACGUGACCCCCGCCGCCAUCUUCCUUCCUGGCGGACACUCCGAGCGGCGGCGUCCCCGUCCCACUGCGCAGGCGCGGCCCAGGGCGCAGGCGCACGGGCUAGGGACAAGCGCCAUAGUCGAGCCGGGCGCGCUCUUUCCAGGUCCAGCCACGACAUGGCCACCGCCCUCCUAAGGAGAGUGGCCUCCGCCGUGGGCCCGCUGCUGCAGCUGGGGCGCCGCCCGCUUUCCGCGCUCGCCCCGGGCCCCCCGCGCGCCGGCCCUGCCGCCCGCGCGCCCCCCAGCCUGGUCGCCGCGCUCCUCACCGCGCGCCCGGCGCUCGGCCUGCAGCCCGCCCUGGGCUUCAAGACCAAGGGCGUCCUCAAGAAGCGCUGCAGGGGCUGCUACCUGGUGAAGAGGCGCGGGCGCUGGUUCAUCCACUGCAAGACCGACCCGAAGCACAAGCAGAGGCAGCUGUAGAAGCCCUGCCCGGGGAAAGGCGCUGCCGCACGGCGAGGGCGAUGGCGCGCGGACGCCGGCAGCCUUCCGGCGCCAGACCCCCUGCGGCCCACGUCCUCUCGGCCCGGGAUCCGACCAAGCCAGAGCCCCACCUGGGACCGGCGCCCUCUUACCUCCAGUGUGAACUCAGCUGUGCUGAUGCUCCGGCGGGCAGAUGGGCGUCGGGUGGAGGGAAAGCUGGCUUCCUCCAGCCAGAGGGCGUGUUCUUCCGAGGCUGCCCUGUUUCUGCUCAGCCACCCCCGCUGCGGCCUGUGGAUUGAGAGUCAUGCUCUCAGCAUGCCAGCCUCCAGGGUGAGCGGGGAGGGCUGCAUAACCAUCUGUAGGUCACGGAAGAGUGAACUCGUUUGUACCUAUAUAAAUGUAUUUUGGACGUUGAUUAAAUGUGUUUACCGUCCUUGGUCUGAGACUAGAA